UGAAUGCACAGGCACUCGGUGGGGUCCAGCAUCACGACAAGACAUGGCCGAGUAUAGCGAUGCAUUGGCGAGCAUCCUCACUCCGGCUCCAAUUUUCACAUAUCUCACACUCUCAUCCUCGCUCCGAUAGCAUCCCCUAACCCAUCACGACCACCGCCGCCAUGCCUCUCGACAAACUCUCCGACAACCGGGCAGUCCAAAUGCUCAACAAAGCCGCAGAAGGCAAAUAUGGCGUCCUCGGAGUCGUAUCCUACAACCUCGAAACCAUCGUGGCCGUAAUCCGAGCAGCCGAGAAGAAACGAUCACCAGUUCAAAUUCUCCUCUUCCCAUGGGCUCUCAAAUACUCUCCUCUCUUCGUCGAUCUCGCAGCCAAUGCUGCCCGAAAGGCCUCUGUCCCCGUCACAGUACACAUGGAUCACGCCCAAGAUCCUGAGAUUAUCAAAGUCGCGGCGAAGAUGAAGGCUGAAGAUGGGACACCGUCGUUCGACUCUAUCAUGGUGGAUAUGAGCCAUUAUGAGAAAGAGGAGAAUUUGGCCAAGACGAAGGAGUUGGUUGCUUUGUGUCAUGCUCAAGGAAUCUCAACAGAAGCUGAGCCGGGACGUAUUGAGGGCGGAGAGGAUGGCGUGCAAGAUACAGCAGAGCUUGAGGGGAUGAUGACCACGGAAGAGGAAGUGGACGAUUUUAUUGCAACAGGCAUCGACUUUUUGGCGCCUGCGUUUGGAAAUGUGCACGGAGAUUAUCAUGGUGUGGAGAAUAUCCACUUGGACUACGACAGGCUUGAGACGAUAUACAAGAAAGCUGCCGGCAGAGUGCAAAUCGUUCUUCAUGGCACUAACGAAUUUCCUCCGGACAUCAUGGCGAAGUGCAUUGAGCGUGGAGUCACUCGCAUUAAUGUUAACAAAUUGGUGCUCGAGAACUACAACCAGUAUACGGCCGACAACUGGGGCAAGGUCCCAUUAACGCAGAGCAUGGAAAAGGGCACAGAUCUGAUCCAAGAGCUGACAGAAAAAUGGAUGGAUGCUAUUGGAAGCACAGGCAAGGCUUAGACUUGUCAACAACCCUGCGAUAGAAAUAGACGACAAAACAACUCCGCAGGAAUAUUCAGUCUUGUGUUAGUGACCAUCUAUGAUACACAGUCAACACCAACUACUUCUUCAGACUAUUCGCA